UUCUUGUGAUUCAUCAAACAUUCAGAAUAUCUGGUGAUGUGUUGCAGAGCUCAUGGGCUUGUACACCUUAUAUAGAGCUGAGAAGAGAAGAGGAUGGGAAAGAUACAGUAUGACUGAAGAUGAGAGUGGGAGAGUAGAAGUGACGUAGAGUUUAUAUCAUCUGUCGCCUGAGGUCUCUUUCUCCAACCAGCUGAAGACUUCCAGAGAAGCUUUUGUGAGGAAGGAAUUUCAGUGCUAUUACACUGGCUAUAAAUAGGUUUAACAGGAACCAUCAACAGCCACCAGAGACAAAUCGUUUAACGAUUUAUAUGCCUUAUUUGAUCACUCAGACCGCAAAAGUUGAAACUCUAUAAUGCAAGUGAUGUAAACCUCUGCAGUCAUUUGAAGCCCUCAUGACACUGCAUUGUUCUCUGUGUGACCAUGUUACCCGUGACCUAUAAUUCAUCCACAUACUCAGUGUUGAAAUCACAUCUCAUAGCUGGACUCCAUCAUUUGUGACAUGGCAAAUGACAUCAUCAAUAACGAUGCCAUUCAUUUACCAGUGCAAGAGCAGAGGAUCAUCUCUCCUUCUGUUUCCCCGAGACAUCUCCUCUCUUCUCAUGCCAUUCCUUUUAAAGUCACAAACCUUCCCCUCAAUCUGUGGGGAUCUGCUCAUCAGCUUGAAGCUCUUAUCAGUGCUUUAACACAUUGCAGAGCAAUGAAAUGACAUCAGUGGGACAAUUUAAGGAAUCACAAUGUAAAUGCUCUUUAAAGUUCCACCUUGUAUUUUAUUCAGACUGAUCUCACUGUGAAUUUGGCGACAGUAGGUCGAAAGUUCUUCUGCUGAAAUCGGUCUGUGCUUACCGAAAUUCCAACCACUGCCCCCAGUGGCUGACGUGGGAAGUGUUUCAUGUGCUUGUCAUUCUUCCGCCUCUACCAAAGAGUCCAACCUGGUCCCAUAGAAUGAACGUUACUCUAUAUACAUUUUUGCAAAUGGAUUUGUACGUGGCGCUUUCUACGUUACGGUGCAGUUUCCUGGUGAAAUGAACACUAGAGGUGCUACAACAGCUGUGUGGUUUCAUCAUUGUCACACAAAUCACAAUUGCUGAUUUUGACACAAAUGCACAAUUGCUGAAAACACAUGAUUUGAAAAACUAAACAUUUGAACACUUGUAUUACAGACCCACCUACAUAUACACACUUAUUACUAUGCCUUUAGUUGGGAAGCUCAGCGGAUGGGGCGUUGAACUUAUGGCUCGACAGCCGAGGAUCAAAUCCAGGCAGAGAUGCAGGAAAGUUAAAGUAACAUAGAAGUGACACAUAUUGAUGUGGUUGGUCCAGUAAAUGUUUUUUCAUUUUUAAUUUGCAUUUUAAAACACUAUCGGUUAGGGUUUGGUGUUGGUUAAGGGUAUGGAUUUUUAUUAAACUCUCAUUUCUCUUUUCGUACACUUUCGGUUAGGGUAACUAUUUAGGUUAGGGAGGUAUGUUCUACUUAUUAAAACGUCCAUCUAAAAUUCACCUUCAAAACCUCGUCUGAUUUCACCAUUUCGCUGGACAUUUCACUUGGAAACUGCAGCCAAAAGUGUACCGAAGCACGUAAUUUCAGUUUUGCAAAAAUGUUGCAAUGCUCACUUAAAUAUCAUGAGACCAGGCUGAAAAGUUGGACAGGUUCCACUGUGAGUUUAGGGCUGCAUUUCCCAAAAGCAUCGUAAGCUUAUAAGCCUAAGUAUAUUGUAGAAGCCAUUGGCGACAGUGGUCUCUAUGAUCAAAUUAAGCUUGCAAUGCUUUUGGGAAACACAUCCCAGGACUGUAAAGAAGGGGGCAGCUGUCAUUCUUUCAUCUCUCUCUGUUGAAUUUUUCACAUUUUAGUUUUGGCUUUUUAUUGUAUAGGAUAUGUAAGAACAAACAGGAAAGUGAGAGAAAGAGAGGAGGGAAUGGGAUGGGAACAUGACGGCUCUUUAGGCGUCACGAGCAUGGCCCGGACCUGUCUUUUUUCCCCUUCAUUUUCAAUUCAAUCAGCUCUGUUAUCUUGUGCCAGGAAUUGAGACAGAAGAGUGUGAGCAGGAUGGGACACAUGGUUUGUUGCGGGUGGGAUGGAGAGGGUGACAAAAGUGUUGCAGUAAGAGUGGGGCUGAAGUAGAGUUUGGGGUAGUUGGAGAGGGAGUGGGCAGAAGGGAAUAAGCUACAAAUAGCCACACAUGAGCAUGCCCUGUGCUCACUUCUGUCUGUGUCCUCUACGGAGGGUGUUUGUUUCUCUGGCCUGUUUUUCCUGUGCUCCAACAUGAGCCACUCUCAUGCCACCUCAUCCUCGUCCUCUUCAUACCGCCGAACAUUCGGCGGUCCCGGCUACCUGACGGCACCCAUGUCCCAUGCCAUAUUCGGCCGAGCCUCCACCGGAGGGUCUGGCAGCUCACGGGUCAACUCCAGAGUCUAUGAGGUCACCAAAUCAUCUUGUCCAGUAUACUCCAGUUACCGAGCGUCCUCCUCCAGUUUGCCCAACUUGUCUGCGGGCUAUACACGCUCCUACGGCGGGAUGGGCGAGACCCUGGACUUCAGCCUGGCUGACGCACUCAACCAGGAGUUUCUGCAAACACGUACCAAUGAAAAAGUGGAGCUGCAGCACUUGAAUGAUCGCUUCGCGAACUACAUCGAGAAGGUUCGUAUGCUGGAGCAGCAGAACCAGGUACUGGUGGUCGAGGUGGAGCGGUUAAGGGGGCGGGAACCCACGCGCAUCGCUGACCUGUACGAGGACGAGAUGAGGGAGCUGAGGAGAGAGAUUGAAGUGGUGACCAACCAGAGAUCACGUGUGGAGGUGGAUCGCGACAACCUGGCCGAUGACCUGCAGAAACUGAAACUCAGGCUUCAGGAGGAGAUUGCACAGAGGGAGGAGGCAGAGAACAAUUUAGGCGCAUUUAGAGCUGAUGUGGAUGCUGCCACUUUGGCCCGUCUGGAUCUGGAAAGACGUAUAGAGACCCUACAGGAGGAAAUCGCCUUCCUCAAGAAGAUUCACGAGGAGGAAAUCCGUGAGCUACAGGCCCAGAUGCAAGAAACCCAAGUCCAGAUCCAGAUGGACAUGUCUAAACCGGACCUGACUGCUGCCCUGAGGGACAUCCGUGCUCAGUAUGAAGGCAUCGCAGCAAAGAAUAUUGCAGAGGCAGAGGACUGGUACAAGUCAAAGGUGUCAGACUUGAACCAGGCAGUGAGCAAGAAUAACGAGGCCCUGAAGCAAUCAAAGCUGGACACCAUGGAGUACAGACACCAGAUCCAGUCCUACACCUGUGAGAUCGACUCCCUCAAGGGCACGAAUGAGUCUCUCAUGAGGCAGAUGAGAGAUAUGGAGGAUCGUCACGGUCGAGAGGCUGGGGCUUUUCAGGAUACUAUCGCCAGACUGGAGGCCGAGAUCUCUAACAUGAAGGAUGAGAUGGCUCGUCACCUGAGAGAAUACCAGGACCUGCUCAAUAUUAAAAUGGCCCUGGAUGUGGAGAUCGCCACCUACAGGAAGCUGCUGGAAGGAGAGGAGAGCAGGAUUGUGAUGCCUAUGCAGGCCUACUCCAAUAUGAGCUUCAGAGAGACGAGUCCAGAGCACCAUCAGAGAGCUUCAGAAAUGCAUUCAAAGAAAUCCGUCCUGAUCAAGACCAUUGAGACACGUGAUGGAGAGGUGUGAUAUGGGCGUGCACGCACACACACAAAUUGGUGGUGAGUGAAUCUACACAGCACCAGCAGGAUGUCAUGUGAACCAAACCAGGACAGAAGUAAAAGCUUCAUGACGGUUCAUCACAUUCAUCACAUUCUGUACUUUUCUUUUUUCACAUAUUUGAACAGUAACACGAGCACAACUGCAUGUGUGAGGAGAGAGGUGUCACUUUCUUUUCAAGUCUGUAUUUUUAAAAAGUGAACUCGAGGAAUCACGUAAGGUAGUUUAUCCUCUUUAAAUUGUCGAGAAGCGAAGGAAGAUGGAGGGAAGGAAAUACAGGAGGAAAAGAUGGCAUUCUGAGAGGAAGGAAGAACAGAAUGGGCUCAUAUAAAUGAUGGAGAAAAUUGACAGGACUGUGCCAAGCAUAAGACAGAAUAAACUAAAGACACCUAAACCCACGCAUUCAAUACGUGUCUGUUUUCAUUGUGUGUGUCUG